AUGGCCGACCAUGAGUCAGAAGCAGCUCAGCUGCAUCAGCAGUUCAACCGGGGCACGGAGCCUGCCCAUCAAACGGAAGAUAUGGCUGGCGGAUCUUUAGACAAGGAAAUGGCCGUGGAUUCCAACUCUCUUGAGACUGGAUAUAAGAAGGAGGCAGAUGGCCCAACGGCCGAUGGCGAUGAGCCCACGGAGGAAGAGAAGCGCACACUGAAACACGUUGCCGAAUCUCUGCCUAUCUCUGCCUGGCUUGUUGCAGUCGUCGAGCUGAGCGAACGUUUCACAUACUAUGGUAUGCAGGGUCUGUUUCAGAACUAUGUUCAAAGGCCGCUUGAUGGAACACUUGGUCGUGGUGCACUUGGUCUGGGACAUCAAGCUGCUACCGGCUUGACAACCUUCUUCCAAUUCUGGUGCUAUGUGACCCCAAUUCUCGGUGCCAUUGUUGCCGACCAGUAUCUCGGAAAGUAUAUGGCCAUUUUCUACUUUUGUAUCGUUUAUAUCGUCGGUCUUAUGAUUCUCCUCUUCACGUCACUACCAAUAGCUUUGCAAAAUGGCGCUGGCUUGGGAGGUUUCAUUGCUGCUAUUGUCGUCAUUGGCAUUGGAACUGGUGGUAUCAAAUCGAACGUCGCGCCGUUGAUUGCUGAUCAAUACAAGCGAAAGACUAUGGCCAUCAAGACAAUGACAAAUGGCGAGCGGGUCAUUAUUGAUCCUGCUUUGACAAUCCAACGAAUCUAUAUGAUCUUUUAUGCCUGUAUUAACAUCGGAUCCCUCUCGCUCCUCGCGACACCAUACAUGGAACGGGAUGUCGGCUUCUGGUCGGCUUUCUUGCUCUGUCUGUGUGUCUUCGUUGUCGGAACCUGUGUCCUGGUCCUUGGACGCAAGUUCUACGUCGUUCGUCCUCCAACUGGAUCUAUCAUCACCAAUGCCUUCAAAGCAAUGGGUAUGAUGGUUGCAAACCGAAAUCUUGACGCACCGAAACCGUCGUGGCAGGCUGAGCACGGACACAACCGCACUUUGGCUUGGGACGACCAGUUCAUCGAUGAGUUGAAGCGUGCUUUGGUUGCUUGCAAAGUGUUCACAUUUUAUCCUAUCUACUGGGUUGUGUAUGGUCAAUUUUCUGGGAAUUUUGUUUCUCAAGCUGGCCAAAUGGAGCACCAUGGGAUUCCCAACGAUUUAAUGCAAAAUUUCGACCCGAUUGCUAUUAUCGUCUUCAUUCCCAUCCUCGAUCGGAUCGUUUACCCGAUCCUUCAAAAGUUGCACAUUCCUUUCAGGCCAAUUACCCGGAUCACUCUUGGAUUCGUUGUUGCGUCUCUGGCCAUGAUGUAUGCGGCGAUUGUGCAGCAUCUGAUUUAUAUUUCGCCGCCUUGCUACGAGCACCCGCUCUGUGAUCUGUCCAAGGUGGACGGGGUCGCGCAAGGAAACAAGAUCCACAUCGCGGUCCAGACCCCCGCAUAUAUGCUCAUUGGUAUCUCGGAGAUUUUUGCUUCCGUCUCCGGCCUCGAGUACGCCUACACCAAGGCGCCCUCGUCGAUGAAGAGUUUCGUGCAGUCCAUGUACCUGUUGACCAACGCCUUCGGGGCCGCGAUCGGAGAGGCACUAACGCCGGUGGCCUACGAUCCUGCAAUCAAGUGGAUGUUCGUGGGAUUGUGCUGUGCGUCGUUCGCGGCCGGUGUCAUCUUCUGGUUCACCUUCCACCACCUUAACGCCAAGGAAGACGACAUGAAUGCACUCGACAAGGAUGAAUAUUAA